CGCGCGGUGUCAAGUUACUAGAGUGGGUUUGGGAAUUCCCCAGGAAAACACCUACGCAGCCACACGGCCUUUUCUGGACAAACAGGGCAACAGCAAGCCGCUCACAAGGGGAGCAAUUUGUAGUUUUAUAAUGCUCCGGACAUGGAGGGAAUCUGAGGCUUGUGCGACAGCGCUUGCCGCUGUUUUGGGGGAAUUUGUCCAGAAAGAGGGCAUCUUUUUCCCAUAAAAACACCAACAAGCGUUAGACGUAAUCCACCUGGAUAGAAGCGAAAACGGCGCAGCAGAUAGUUAUUUGUUAGGAAAGGCAAUUUUUCUUGUUACAGCGGACAUCAUUUAUACGGCACAUCCAUAUAUAAAUGGAGGGGACGCACGAUAUUCACGGUGACUCCCGGAGACAGAAUGCACGGCCUGGACCGAGCUACGCUGUGGAGAAAAGGGGCGCCCUGGAUUCUGUCCCGGAGGACUGGUGUGACAGCGGGCUAGACUCCUUAAGCGGGGUCGGACUCGGUUUUGAGGGUCCCUACGGAACUUACACCGAGGCCGACCAGAUGUGGACACCUGGACGGUCUGUGUCUGACAUACCUGACAUCCAUCCGUCGGACGAGUCCGACAACAGGAGUAACACGGACUGUGUGUCGAUUGGCGGCGGAGAGAGGCUCGACUCUGCCAUCGGGGACUCCAUUAAUGAGGAUGCGGUGGUGGGGUGCAUCUCCGACGGGAUCGGCACCAUGAUCCUGGGCGAGCCUGCAGGUACAGACAGACUGGCGAAUUCAAACACUGAGGAGGGUCGACAGCGAAGGGAAGAGCUCUUCAACACCCUCAACUUUCUGUCAGAGGACGGGGACACUGUACUUCAAUUGGCACUGAUUCAUGAGCAGUGGGGUGUCGUUCAGUGCCUGCUUGAAGAAAUUGUGGUUGACAGCACCUGGACUCCUUACCUGGACAUUCAGAAUGAUCUGGGCCAGACCGCUCUACAUUUAGCAGUCAUCGUAGACCGGAGUGAGUGUGUUCGGGCACUGUUGUGGAGUGGAGCCAGUGCAGAGAUCCAAGAGAGGGGUGGAAACACACCUUUACACCUGGCUGUCAGAGAGCUUCGCAAAGAGUGUGUGAGAGAGCUGACCAGCUGCUCACGGACCCCACCAGUGCACCUGAACAUCACCAACUACGCAGGUGUGAGUGCACUGCACCUGGCUGUACAUAAGGGCAACUGUGACAUCAUCAAUAUGCUGCUGGAGGCUGGAGCAGAUGUAAAUCAAUGGGAUUUGGGGUCAGGUCGGUCUCCAUUGCACUGGGCAGUGGAAGGUCAGAGGUCAGAGGUAGUGACGUUAUUAUUGAGCGCUGGCGCAUUGGUGAAUCAGCACUCAUAUGCAGGCCACACCCCAUUCUACUGUGCCCUUUACCGACCCAACAAAGAGGUGCAGGCCCUUCUUAGUGCCCAUGGGGCCACAUACACACAGGACGAUGAGGAAGAGGAAGAGUACAGAGAGAGUGAGGAGGAGGAGUUUGAUGAUGUCAUCAUAAAUGGACAGCGAGUGCUGUAGCUGUAAAACAUGGACACUACUCUGCCGUUAAACCCCUUGAACUCCAGCUGAAAGAAUGUGGAGUCUUGAGUGUAUUUGGUGGAGACUAUUAUGUGUGUCUGUGUGUGUGUCUUUUGUUUUAAGGUACAGUAUGCUGGUUUUGGUUCAGGCUGAUGGAAGUGCAUAGCUAGAUUAUGUUAGUAAUGGAAGAUCUAUGAUGAAGUUAUUUAAGCCUGAUAUCAAGCAAAGCCUUUUAAAGCUGUAACAAUGGAGGCAGCUUUUCAUUUAGUAAAACCUCUCAUUGGCCCAUCUGGUGUAUGUUAGAAUAAAGGGAUAGUUCACCUAAAGAAGAAUAUGCUGUCCCACCCUUGUGGUGAUUCAAGCCUGUAUGACGUUUUCUUCUGGGGAAUAAAGAAAUGUCUUUAAAAAUGAUUGAAAAGUGUUUCAUGUGCACACAUUAAAAAUCAGAGGAGUCCAGUGUUGUUUAGGCAACAUAUACUAUAUCACACCUUUAGGGAAAAUGUCUUUCACAGAAGAAACAAAGUCAUUUAGGUUUGGUGAGUAAAUGAUUUAAAUUUUGGGUGAAUUAUCCCAUAGAACCAAAUGCCAUAGAAGUUACCGUACACUUUUUAUUUUAAGAUUUUAUGUCUGCAGCACAUGGGAGCAGCACGGUAGUAAUACUCCCACUAGUGGGUAGAUUCAUUAUGUCCACAACACGUGUUGAUCUAAAAUGUGAUUAAUAGUGGCUUUCUUAAUGCUUUAAAAUGAAAUUGUUAGCCAGAUAUAACUGAAGAAACGAAAUUUGAAUGUUUUUUAAUAAACUUGUUGACUUACUAUUACUGCUACACCAACUAUUGCUAUAUAUAUUUUCUCCUAAAAUGGGUUUUGGGGUGAAUAUGAUCGAUCGGUGGAUAUACAGUCAGUCAGAGAGAGAUGAAAAGUUUUUAUAGUGCUGACUUAAAAAAAUUACUUAAAAAAAAUCUACAUUACAACUCAAAACUUUGAACUGAAUGCAAAGAAAUAUAGUUAGCGCUAAAUUCUUGAUCUAGGGAUGUUCAUAUUAAAGACUCAUCAAACCGCUUACAGUUACAUCAUAUCGUUUAAAUUGUGAAGCAUCUAACAAACAUUCCAAAUUAAAUUAAAUACGGCAACACAACACUUUUUUUUAUCUUAUUAAACAUUUUAAAAUAUAUUUUAAAUGAAUUAAAACCAAAAACUAUAUGUACAUUAAUAAUAAAGAAAGCGGAUCUAAAUUUAACUGGUUCUGUUUGUCUUGUGUUGUUUUCAAUUGUUAUAAAAGUGGAAUUUGAUCUAAUUUGGGGGGCAUUAUGGUUGUGGACAUUUACAAUAACUUGUUUAGGCCUAUUUCAAAGUUUCUGUUUGUAGGGGUGAACGUGACGUUUUUCGGUGGUGAUGAUGAUUGGUUCGUUCUGUUGGUAAUAUAGAGACUCAUUUGGAAAUCAGGGCUACUUGUACUUGUCCUCUGUGAGCUGACUGUAUACUGGUGAGCAGUUUUAAAUGAUAAGGUUAAUGGUUAUUCAUCCAUUGAGAAUAUGUCAUUGGUUUGACAUUGUGCUUUAGGAAACGAUGCCACAGUAACAGCUCAAUAAGACAAUCAAGAAAGAGGAAGGAGCGACAUUUAGGGAUUAAUGAAACAAGUGUAGCCAUGUCUUAAAAGAUGAAUUUGCAUUAGAAUGUUUCUAAUCCAUGUAUAAAGAAAGAGAGUGAGAGAUUGUACCUUUCAUCUGUAUAUAUUUCUGUUUACUUGGUGAUGGGUGAAAUGACUGAAAAUCUCCUAGAAACCCUUCCAAUGCACAAUAAACAAUAAUGACAAGAA